AUGGCAACAUUGUUUGGAAAACUUCAAGAGCAUGAGAAAGAGCUCAUGAACCUUGAAAAACAUGAGAAGAGUCAAAAUAAGGAAAAGAAGGAGAAAGCUAAGGACACCGAAAAGAAGUUUAUCGCUUUAAAGACUUCAAGAUAUAAGUCAUCCACCAAUGAUACGUGUGAGAGUGAAUCAAGUGAUGACGAUAAAGAUUCGAAUGAAGACAUGGGGCUGUUCGUAAGGAGGUAUAACCGAUACCUUAGAAAGAACAAAGUCCAACAUUCGGAUAAAAAUCCUAUCAACUAUAGAAGACAAUCAAAAUUCUCGAAUCAAGAGGAAGAUAAAGCUGUAGUGGUGAGGAAAAAUGUCACUGACAAUGUUGAGCAACCAGAUGCUCAUGAGGGGUCAAAGAUUGACAAACCCUCAGGCAAAGUGAGAGGUGAGAAGGCCAAGGUUACUCAAAGUGUUGAGGACAACCCUAGAGCUGAAACGAUUAACGUGGAAGAGCUCUCGGACAAUGAACUUCUGGCUUCAGUUGUCCCUAGGAUAGCCAAGAGAGUUAGGUCUAGAAGGGAGAAAAAGACUGUGGAGCAGAAGUCCCCCUCCAAGGAAGUUGGUGAAACAAAUCCUCACAAGCAACCAGAGUCAGGGAGUGCACACAAAAGGAAAGGAGAAACAUCCAAAGCUGGCAAUCAACCAGACAAAGCUAAUGUUAUUGCAGUUCUCAAAGAGACCUGCAAAGAGCUGGAGGCUAGAAAGCAUGCUCUGGAAAAGCUCAUCUUGCAAUUGGAGACUUCUGCUGAGGACACGGAUGGAGCUGAUAAGCAAAGUUCUGAGGAGGAGGAGGAGGAGGCCAGCUUUGAAGAGGAAGCUGAUGAUGAGGCUAAGGAUUAA